CUAUUUCUUUUCUCGUGUCAAUGAAAGCGAUACCCUCAUAAAUUCCCAGGCUAAUAGAUUUCAAUUUUGAGAGAGGCUAUAAAUUCGAGUUGGUGGACGUAGGUUUCCCUUAGCUACUAAGAUUUCUGAUUUUUCCUCUUCAUUUCUUCUUUAUAAAUCCCUAAAUUUAAUUAUUAUUAUAAACCCUUAUCGAUCGAUUAGUGUUUAGUAAAUAACUGUUUCUCGGGAAUCUUUAAAAUGGAAUUUUACUCUUACCCAUCUCAACAAAUGGCUUCAUCUUCUUCAAUUUUAUGUAAUUUGGGCGAAAAAAUUCGUGGAACCCUAAGUUUUGCUGUCUCUGUGACUCUUGGAAGUCUUUUCUCUGCCUUCUUCACAUUCUGUUUUGCUUUAGUUGGAACACUUUUGGGAGCCAUGACUGGUGCUUUAAUUGGCCAAGAGACAGAGAGUGGAUUUGUAAGAGGAGCUGCCAUUGGGGCUAUCUCUGGUGCUGUUUUCUCAAUCGAGGUUUUCGAAUCGUCCGUUGUUCUUUGGCGAUCGGAUGAAUCCGGCAUUGGCUGCCUUCUUUACUUGAUUGAUGUCAUUGCGAGUCUUUUGAGUGGAAGGCUUGUUCGUGAACGAAUUGGUCCUGCGAUGCUGAGUGCAGUUCAGAGUCAGAUGGGUGCUACGGAAACAAACUUUGAAGAAGUCACAAAUAUCUUUGACACGGGCUGCGUGAAGGGUUUACCAGGAGAUUUAGUUGAGAAGAUACCUAAGAUCAAUAUUACAAACAAGAACAAUAAAGAUGCUUCAGGAGAAAGAGUUUCCUGUUCCGUUUGUCUUCAGGAUUUCCAAAUUGGCGAAACAGCUCGCAGUUUACCCGAUUGUCAUCACUUGUUUCACCUUCCUUGCAUCGAUAAGUGGUUGAUGAGGCAUGCUUCCUGCCCCUUGUGCCGAAGAGAUCUGUAAUGUAUUCACUCGUGUCCAAAUUUUGACCCCGUUAACUUAUACACCGUAUGAUAAUUCGUAGCUUUUUUUUUUUCCCUUUCUAAUCUUUAUAUGUUGAGGUAGUGUUUUUUGUUCAUUAUUAUUCUAAAACACCCUCAAAUAGAUUAGUUAUUAUAGCUUGUGCCUCCUUUGUUUAUGGCGUUGUAUUUGAAUUAAUGAUCUUGUAUAAAGCUCGAGAGUUGAUCAUGCUCUUUUUUUUUUUCCUUACACUGACCCAACCACUGACCUUGUGGUAUUUCAUUAUUAUUA